AUGAGAGGUUUAUUAUUACUCGUUUUAUUUGCCGUUUUAAAGGCAUUAUUUGUUAAUGGAGAUCAAGUCUCCCUCAAAAUUUCUUCGCCAUGCAAUGCUCUUGUUACAUAUGGGCUUCCAUUGAAUAGCACAUUCGAGAGAUCUGACAUUUUCCUCAGUGGAUUGUGUAAGGAUGGAGUUGUGUUUACACUCAUGUCAUUGGGAACUGGUUUUAUUAAGGGCGUAGCCACUCCUAAUAGGGAUGGUGUUUUAUAUGUAGCUGAAGGUAGUCCAAUUUACACCAUCACUACGGGUUCGAAAUUUGAGUUCCUCCAUAGGAUUAUUGAUCGCAGAACCAAAGAUGCACCAUACAAAAUUUCAGUCAUGAAGUACUCUUACUCUGCUUUAUCUUCAGAAAAACUGAAAACCGUUGUGCUCCGUGAGCAUACUUCAAGUGAGUGCAAAUUCCCGCAGAUUAAUAUUGAAGACCAGAAUCUUUGUUCAUUGCACUUAUUGCUUAAGAAGUAUUCUCAGAAUCCAGACGAUUCACCAAACUUUAGGGUUGCGAAAAUUCACUUUGCAGAAUUAGAAAGUUCAGCUCGCUCUAAUGCUGUCACCUGUACUAGUGAGUUACAUGUAAACAAGAGUACUUCUGAAGAAGAUUUGAUUGAUAACUUCUCUUGCUUAUUUAAUGAGUCAACUAAAUGCUCGACAGUUGAAGCCGGUACUCAGACUGAGACUAUUCCCAAGGUUGAUGUAGGAGUUCAAACAGAUCCAGUUGUUACUCAAACUUCAACUGUCGCAAUACUUUCAAAAAAAGAGCUUAAGAAGUUAGAGAAGGAGAAAUUAAAGGAGAAGAAGUUAUUGGAAGAACAAGAGAAACAAAAUAAGAAAUUACAGAAACAAAAGGAAAAGGAGGAAAAGAAAGUGGAAGCUCAGCGUUUGAAACAAGAGAAGCUUAAACAAAAACAGCAAAAGAAGGAGGAGAAAAUGUUGUUGAGGCAACAACAGAAACAGAAGCAAAAUUUGUCUAAAGAGGAGAAAGAAAAGAAAAAGUUGUUGGAAAGAAAAGAGAGGGAGAACCAAAAACUUUUGAAGAAACGGGAACAAGAGGAACUGAAAGCUCAGAAACUUAGGGAGAAGGAGCAAAAGAAUCUUGAGAAACAAAAGAAGACAGCAGAAAAAAGUGCAGCUAAAGCAUCUCAAAAGAAUAACAAAGAGGACAGUUCAUCUUCGUGUAGCAGCAGCAGCAGCAGCAGCAGCAGCGGGAGAAAAUCCAAGGCAAAGGCAACUCAGACCGAGGAACCAACUAAUGUAGUGUUAGCUUCCACUCAGACAACAGAUGAUUUCUUAGUUAUACCACUUAAGCAUAACUUAGGGGAAGUUUCAGACGUUGAAACUACCGAACCAGAGGAUCCUUUGGUCAAUGAAGAUAUAACUUUUGAAAAUGAGAAUUUGAAGGAUGAAUCUCCUAUCCAGAUAAUAGAUGAGAAUAAUGCAGAUGUUGAAAUUAUAUCUCUUUCUCCCUCAGUUACUCCAGUUGACCCUACUCCCUCGUCUACUUCUACUACUACCACCACCACCACCACCACCACCACUACUACUACCACCACCACCACUACUACCAUCGCUCCUCGAAUUCCAAGGCAGACUAAGUAUCUAAAGAAAUUCGACGAUGUCAGAUACGUAAUUGGUCCAUUUGCCUCUAGAGUUGAUGCCCCUCUACAAAAAGUUCAAAAACCUUCGAGUACUCCAACUGUUCCUCCUAGAAGUACCGAUAGCCGGGGUCAAUUCAUUGUAGAGUCAAAGGAUUUGAGUCAAACUGGUAGUGUAGGAGCAACAUCAUCAUUGGAAGAGAUCUUGGAAGAUGUGUCCAAGUCAAAUCUCGUCACAGUUGUUAGAGAUGAUUAA